GGGGCUCCUCGGCCCCAACCCCGCACUCGGGACGUUUCCUUCCCUGACAGGGGCCUGGACGCGCCCCGGCCCUGCAGACGCCGACAUGCUGCCGCUGCUUCUGCUGCCCCUGCUGUGGGCGGGGUCCCGGCAGCAGAAGAUCGAGAUCCAGCUGCAGGUGCAAGAGGCGGUGUCCGUGCAGGAGGGCCUGUGCGCGCUCGUGCCCUGCUCCUUCUCCUACCCCUGGAGCCUGUGGCCUGAGCCUCCGCACAUCUCCUGGCUCUGGAACAGGCACAGCGUAUCCUACACUCCUCCCGUGGCCACAAACAAGCCGAACACACCGGUGAAUCCACAGACGCAGGGCCGGUUCCGCCUCCUCGGGGACCCCAGGACCAACUGCUCCCUGCACAUCAGGGACGCACGGAGGAGCGACGCGGGGACCUACCUGGUCCGAGUGGAGAGACGAAGGAGGGGAAGCUAUUACUACAGAGAUGAGAGGCUGGCCUUGCAGGUGACAGACCUGACAGAGACCCCCGACAUCCGCUUUCCGGAACCUCUGGAGUCCGGCCGCCCCACAAACCUGACCUGCAGCCUGCCAGGGGCCUGUGAGGGGAGCCGAGCACUCACCUUCUCCUGGUCGGGGGCUGCCCUUAACUCCUCGGACCCCAGAACCCUCCACUCCUCGGUGCUCACCCUCACCCCGAGGCCCCAGGACCACGGCACCAACCUCACCUGUCGGGUGCAACUCCAGGAAGCCCCAGGGGCCACAGAGAGGACUGUGCAGCUCCCCGUCUCCUAUGCUCCACAGAACCUCACCAUCAGCACCUGCAGAAAUGGCACAGCACUAAAGAUCCUGAGAAACGCCGCCUCGCCUCUUUCCGUCCCAGAGGGCCAGGCUCUGCACCUGCUCUGUGUUGCUGAUGGCAACCCACCUGCGCAGCUGAGGUGGUUCCAGGGGUCCCCAACCUCGAAUGCCUCGCUCAUCUUCAACUCUGGACACCUGGAGCUGCCUCAUGUAAAGACUGAAAAUGAAGGAGAACUCACCUGCCGAGCUGAGAACCUGCUGGGCUCUAGAAACAUCUCCCUGCUCCUCUUCGUGCUCCAUCCCCCACAGCUGCUCGGCCCCUCCUGCUCCUGGGAGGCUGAGGGUCUGCACUGCAGCUGCUCUGCUCGAGCCUGGCCGGCCCCCUCCCUGCACUGGAGGCUUGGGGAGGAGCUGGUGGAGGGGACCCAUGGCAACGCCUCCUUCACGGUCACCUCCAGUGCAGCCGGGCCCUGGGCCCACAGCAACCUGAGCCUCCACGAGGGGCUCAGCCCCAGCCUCCGGCUGAGCUGCGAGGCCUGGAACACCCAUGGGCACCAGAAGGUCACUGUCCUCCUGCUACCAGGGAAAUUGGAGUCCAGGGCAGGAGUGGUCCUGGGGGCCCUUGGAGGCGCUGGCACUGUGGUCCUGCUCUCCCUGUGUCUGUGCCUCGCCUUCUUUUGCAUAGUGAAAGCCCACAGGAAGCAAUUAGCUGGGAGAGCAGAGGGCGUGGACAACAAGGACCCUGUGAUGGGUGCAGUCGCCUGGGGCCGCAGGGAAAAGCCCUGGCCAGACCCCUCCCCGGACCCAGGGACCCCACCCGGCGACGCCCCUGCCGCAGGGGAGGAGCAGAAUCACCCUUACGCCUCCCUCAGCUUUCAGGGGGUGAAGCCGCGGGGGCCUGAGGACGAGAACAGUGCCACCGAGAUCAAAGCCAGACCCGCAGAUGAGGACCCGCCCAGAGCUCAGUCCUGGCCCGAGGAAUCCCAGCCAGGCUGGGGGGAAGGGAGAAGCCAGGGGCUCGCCGAUGAAGCAUGAGGAGCCCGUGUGGCGAUGUUACCGUUGGCUACUCUAGGAGCCCCCUCCCCACCCCGAGGUAGGGCAGCAAGAUCACAGGUGAUGGGAUUAGAUUCGAGCUCAAAUCCAGGCUCCACCACUUUCCCAGGCAUUGUUAUGAAGCAGUUCACUUGAUUGUACCUCAGUUUCCCGUUCUGUAAAUCAGAGAUCAUGUGUCCUACCUCAAAGGCUGCUGUGAGGAUUAAAGAAUUUAACAGAGGUCCUGUCACAGGACAGGUGUUUGGUGCUUGCUGGUCUCUGCUCCUUGAACCUUGGGGGUGGCCGGGCACACAGAGAACAGGGCAGCAAUGCGUUGGUGCCACUUGCCUUCUUGGAGCUCCUCAGAGCCUUCCCAGGUGAAGACUAACCCUCAGCCUGGCAUUCAGUUCACGAUGUGCCACCUUGUAACCUCUCCGGGUUCAUCCCCUUGCUCCGCUUUUGCCUGUCCAUCUUUCUGGCAUAUUCUGUCACUUCCUGGCCUCCAUCCCCUUCCCCAUCUCACACAUGGACUCUAAAGAGAUCUUUCCAACAGCCAGAGAGCUCACCCUCUCUCCUGCCCCAAACUCGUUCAUGGCUCCCUGGUCUUAGUGCAUCCCAAGUGCCUCCCCUGGCACUUAAAGCCCUUCAUGACCUCAUGCUAUUUUUCCUGACCCUCACCUCUUAGCCCACCCUUCCCGAAGCUGAUUCAUAGCACACUGCCUUUGCAUUUCGAGAUUCCUCCCCCUGGAGGCCGUGCCAGCUUGCCUCCAUGUGGACCACACCAUCUUGUCCUCCAAACCUGAGCCUACAGCCUUGGGUUGAGAGGGGGUCUGAAGAAAGAGCUCAUUCUCUCUCCCACUAAAUUGAACGAGUUGAAUGAAAAAUACGAAAGGCACUUAAACCAAAUGAGCCCAAAAUUCACCAGCAGCAAUGAAACCUGGAUAAACUACAAUCUUACUCCAUAGAUUUUAGAAAGCAACCAUGAGAAAGGAAGUAGACAAUUCCAGUGCGGUACUGGAAGACACUGAUCUCCAACUUCCAUGCCUCAAACCCCAUUCUCAAUACCAAGGUAAGAAGCUGAGCUGUGACUAUUGUUAGUAUUGAC